CCCUCAGGCUGCGUUCCCACGCUCCCAGGAGGCGUGUCCUAGGCCCUCGGACCCAGCGCUGUCCGCCAGUUAAGAUCCCGCUCCCCGUCGCGGGUGCCAUGGAGGCGGCGGGGGAGGAAGAAGUCGGAAAUGACGGCGACAGCAGCUGCGGAGAUAUGUGCUUCAUGGACAAGGGCCUUCGCAGCAUCUCUGAGUUAUCUCUAGAUUCAACCCUUCAUACCAUCAAUCUUCAUUGCAAUAACAUCUCCAAGAUCAAAGCUAUUGAUCAUAUUUGGAAUUUACGACACUUAGAUCUAUCUUCUAAUCAAAUAAGUCAAAUCGAAGGGCUAAGCACCCUGACAAAAUUAUGCACUUUAAAUCUGUCCUGCAACUUGAUCACAAGAGUAGAAGGACUCGAAGCACUAAUUAAUCUGACUCGCUUAAAUUUAUCUUAUAACCACAUAAAUGAUCUUAGUGGGUUCAUGCCCCUUCAUGGAAUUAAGCAUAAACUUAGGUAUAUUGACCUACAUAGUAAUUGUAUAGAUAGUAUCCAUCACUUACUUCAGUGUAUGGUGGGAUUGCACUUCCUGACUAAUCUUAUUUUGGAGAAAGAUGGAGAGGAUAAUCCUAUCUGUCAUGCACCAGGGUACAGAGCAAUUAUUCUCCAGACAUUGCCACAGCUUAGGAUCUUAGACUGCAAGAACAUAUUUGGCGAACCAGUAAACUUGACAGAAAUAAAUUCAUCACACCUACAGUGCUUAGAAGGUCUUUUGGAUAAUUUAGCUUCUUCUGAUUCUCCCCUCAAUAUAAGUGAGGAUGAGAUCAUUGAUAGUAUGCCAGUGGCAGCGCCGCCCAUCGAUGAGUUGGCCCCCUUGGAGCAGUUCGGGAGUAUGCCAGCAGAUCAUGAUUUGACAUCUUUUGUAUCCGUGUGUCCAACUGAGCCAGAGAAAAUUAAUCAUGAAGAUGAUAUUCAGAAUGAAAUGAAACUUCAGAAACUAGAUGAUCAAAUUUUACAGCUUCUCAGUGAUACUUCUAAUUCUUUAGUAGAUAAUAAUGUUCCCGAGAAAGACCUCAGACCAAAAAGAGACACAGAUGUAACUUCUGAAAGUGACUUUGGAAACAGAAAAGAAUGUAAUAGAAGAGUUCCUCGGAGAUCCAGAAUCCCGUAUUAUGCCAAAACUAUUCAAACUAUUAAGCACCACAGUAAAAAUACCAACCCUUUUGUAAGUUGUAAUCGUAAAAUGAAACAGCCUUACCUUAAAGAAUUAUAUGUAAGUACAUCUUUAGCAAGCUGUAAUGUAUUACCAGAAUCAGAAGUGCAGAAGACCGAAAUCAUUAAAGCAGACAGAAGUGGCUCAGAAGACAACACUUACCGGUCUCUUGUUGAACAGCUAGACCAAGAGAGAGAAAAGAGAUGGAAAGCUGAACAAGCGGAAAAGAAACUUAUGGAUUAUAUUGAUGAACUACAUAAGCGUACGAGUGAAAGACAAGAUGUUCAUAGCUUGGCUCUACUUACCACAGACAGGCUAAAAGAAAUUAUUCUUAGAGAGAGAAGUUCCAAAACUCAACUCGAAAUUAUGGUUCACAGACUUCAAAAUGAAAUAAAAAAACUAACUAUCGAAUUAAUUAAAGCAAGAGAUCAACAAGAUGAUCACCUUAGACACUUACGAACCCUGGAAAAAGCACUAGAAAAAUUGGAGAGACAAAAAAGGCAGCAGCAGGCAGCACAGAUAAGACUUAUCCAAGAGGUGGAGCUUAAAGCUUCAGCUGCUGAUAGAGAAAUAAACUUACUGAGGACUUCUCUUCAUCAAGAAAAGGAACAAGUGCAACAACUUCAUGAACUUAUUGCAUUGAAAGAGCAAGAACACAGGAAAGAUCUUGAAACAAGGGAGUUUUUUAGUGAAGCUGAGUUCCAGGAUGCCUUAGCUAAAGAAAUAGCCAAAGAAGAGAGAAAGCAUGAACAGGAAAUAAAAGAAUACCAAGAGAAAAUUGAAGUAUUAAACCAACAGUAUAUGGAUUUAGAAAAUGAAUUCCGUAUUGCUCUAACGGUUGAAGCCAAAAGGUUUAAAAAUGUUAAAGAUGGUUUUGAAAGUGUUGCAACUGAGUUAGCGAAGAGUAAACAUGCUCUUGUUUGGGCCCAACGAAAAGAAAAUGAGUCUUCUUCUUUAAUUAAAGAUCUUACCUGUAUGGUGAAGGAACAAAAAUCAAAACUCGCAGAAGUUUCCAAAUUGAAACAGGAAACAGCAGCAAAUUUACAGAAUCAAAUCAACACUCUUGAAAUUUUGAUUGAAGAUGACAAACAGAAGAGUAUUCAAAUAGAACUUCUCAAGCAAGAAAAAGUUCAACUUAUUUCUGAGCUAGCAGCCAAGGAAUCACUAAUUUUUGGUUUAAGGACAGAAAGAAAAGUAUGGGGACAGGAGCUGGCACAACAGGGAUCUUCUCUAGCCCAAAAUCGUGGAAAAUUAGAGGCCCAAAUUGAAAGUUUAUGUAGAGAGAAUGAAUCUCUGCGAAAGGCAAAUGAAAGUGAUAGUGAUGCAUUAAGAAUAAAGUGCAAAAUAAUAGAGGACCAAACUGAAACCAUUAGGAAAUUAAAAGAUUGUUUACAAGAAAAAGAAGAAAAAAUUAAAACAUUGCAAGAAAAGAUUACUGACGUAGAAAAAUGUACUCAAGAACAACUUGAUGAAAAGUCUUCGCAACUGGAUAAUGUACUUGAGAAAUUGGAAAGGCACAACGAAAGAAAAGAAAAACUAAAGCAACAAUUGAAAGUGAAGGAAUUAGAACUUGAAGAAAUUAGAAAAGCUUACAGUACACUUAAUCAGAAGUGGCAUGAUAAAGGAGAACUUCUGUGUCAUCUUGAAACACAAGUAAAAGAAGCAAAAGAAAAAUUUGAAAACAAGGAAAGGAAACUUAAAGCAGAACGAGACAAAAGCAUUGAACUGCAAAAAGAUGCAAUAGAGAAACUUCACAGCAUGGAUGAUGCCUUUAAAAAACAAGUUGAUGCAAUUGUUGAAGCUCAUCAAGCUGAAAUAAUACAACUGGCAAAUGAAAAGCAGAAAUGUAUUGACUCUGCAAAUUUGAAGGUUCAUCGAGUUGAAGAAGAAAUGCGUGGACUUUUGGAAGAAACAUGCAAGAACAAAAAAGCAAUGGAAUUAAAAAUUAAGCAACUUGCUUUUGCUCUAAAUGAAAUUCAGAAAGAAAUGUGAUGGUUCUGAGAAUGAGUUUGAUUGAAAUAGACCAGCAGACCUAUUGUGAAAAUGAUUAAAUAUUGUAAUAGCAGUAACUGCUACGACUUUGAAAUGUCUCUUUCUACAAAUUUCAUUACUGAAUAUAUUUUAAAACUUUUGA